AUGAAUACUAACAUGCCGGUUCGCCGACAGGCCCUGGAUUUACUUGAUUCCGCAAAUAAAGGAAACAAGCAAGAUGAACACCGAAUAAUAAAGACCCUUGCAGAGGCAAGAUCUAGGAAAGAGGCCUAUACCGCAAUGCAAAGAGAGGUCAAUAACUCGAAGCCUCCAAUCCCGCUAUCUCCCCGAGCUGCGCGAAAGCAAGAAACUCUCCUCUUCGAAAAACAGACCCAGCGACGACAUCCGAAUACACCGUCCAUAUUAUCGCGACCCAAUAUAGAACUAAGCGGGGAGCGACAUGUCCCGGUUUUGGUCAACGCGCGUGGUAUACCUUUCUUACGUCUAAAAAAGCCGCAGCCGAAGAAUCUCAGCGGUGUCAUUCGAGCAAAAUUGGAGAAGCGCUGGAAUCGCAUUGUGUUGAGAGAACGUCUUCAGACGGAUCUUCUAUUCGCUAAGGAUGAAGAAGCCUGGGAUAGGAUCAUAGGUGUGAAGUCUGAACGAGAGUCAGGCACGUGGAGUGAAGCAGUCAAAACGUCCCUGGAUUACGUUCGGGCAAAGAUCGUGGAAACUGAUCAACAAAAUCGAGAGAUGGCAGAGAAAAUGUGGAAUAUUGUGCUUCAGGAGCGCAAGCUGGCUGAGGAGGAGAAGCAGAAACAAGCAGAGGGAAAAUCUUCUUAA